UGGAUCAAGGAUGGAGAUAUCCUAAUAAAUAAAAGCGAACAGAUCCUGGUAUUAGACAGCGAUGGAGAUAAAUCUGGCUCAUACUCCUGCAUUGCUCACAACACAGCUGGAAGCUCCACCUCCACAGAGAUGGAUUUUACAGACAAUCCAUCCAAUUCAAAUUUGGCUGAAGACCGUGCUAAUUUACCACUGAUCUUGGGGGUUUUGGCUGGAGUCAUCCUUCUGCUUUUUCUUGUGAUGAUUGUCUUCUUUUAUACAAGGGGAAAAAGAAAGCCAACUGCUCCAUUAUCUCCAAUACAUGGUGAAAUUCGUUCUGAUUUUCCAAACAUAAGAGACCAAGAUAAAACAUUAGUGCAAGAACACCAGUAUGGAAACAUCCACAUGAAACCAAAGGUCCAUCCAAGGUCCCUGCGAUCACCGUAUUCAUCUCGUGUGUCCAGGGAACAAAGCUACGCCAUCUAUAGCAAUGAAGAGUUUAUACAAGCAGAAACAGAUAUUGAAUAUUCCACGAUCGCACACCCCUCCAAUGGAAGAAGGCAAGAUGUAAUCGAUGAUGACAGCUACGGAGAAAAUGUCAAUUAUGCGUCAAUAAAACAUUAG